AGAAAUGGUCUUUUUUUGGUGGACCAAACCUCUAACCCACCACCCAAUACCCCAAACUGGAUGAUUUCCCUGACAUAUUUUGGCCGUGAUACAGAAAAUAAUAAAAAUGAUCUCAUAUCAGAACCUGAUAGCGAUGAUAAAACAACAGCAGAUAGUGACUACGAGCCCAUUGCUGGGCCAAGCACUAAUUUACCCAAAAAAAUAUAUAUAACAAGAAAUAGAGGCAAGAAAGUUUAUAUAGAGUUUGAUGUUGCCCGGUCAUCCCCAA